GAGUUAGUGGCAUCAUGAAUCACAAGGCGGAGCGUAUGCGUUGGCGGUGUGAGCUCGAGCGUGCGUGUAUAUUGCUAUAUAAGAAGCAGGCGAGAGUCAUUCGUCUGAGCUGCUGUGUCUGCGCGCGCGCGUGUGUGUGCCCUUUAAACGGUGAGCAGUUUGGAGGCUCGGGACUGCGCGAUUGCCCAGCUGCGUCUCGGGGUUUCCAAUACGGCAACCGUAUUGGCAGCGCGCAUCGAAUCCGUGCAGAACUCCCAACGGACUCAACACGUGGCGAGGGCCAACAGCACUCGCAGGCGGGCAAACUUUACGGCAGCAGUCGCAGAAGCAACUCGAGUACAACCGUGCCGCACUUAUUUCAAACGAUUUCCUGCGCCAGCUACGUCGACGAAAUGGCAGUAACUCGUGAAGGAUUCCUCGUGAAAAGGGGUCACGUUGUUCACAACUGGAAGGCUCGCUGGUUCGUCCUGGACUCGAACCAGAUCCUUUACUACCGGAGAGAGGGAGGGGGCAGCCCCAUGUCCCUGAAGGGCUCCUUCCCACUGCAAGGGGUCACGGUUGAAUCCCCCUGCCUGGAAUUCAGCAACCGCACCACGGUGUUCAAGCUCCAGGUGCCGAGCAAGGGGAGCUUCUACCUGCAGCCGUCGAGCCGCGAGGAGCGCGACUCGUGGGUUGCGGACAUCCACGCGGCGUUGGGCAGCUCGGUCGGGGGCAGCCCCAACAGCCCCCCGCAGUCCCUGACUCCCUCACCCCAAGCACACAGCCCAUCGCUCACCGGGCCCAAUGUCAACCUCGCGGAGUUGGUGGAGAAGAUGAAGGACACCGCGCUGGGGAUCGCGUCCGAGUCUCAUCACGAGCAAAGCGUCACCUACCGGCACUGCUUCACAGGGGCGAGCGUGGUGGACUGGCUGCUGGCACGCGGGGUGGCGCCGUCUCGCAACGAGGCCGCCCUGCUCGCCUCCAUGCUCCUGCAGGGCGGCCUCCUGGAAGCGACCAGCAGUCGCGGGAGGGCAGCCGCCUCCCUGCCCGACCUCGCCCAGCGCUUCCUCGACGGAUCCGAUGCGUUCUACUGCCUGUCUGAAAACAACAGCAAGUUUGGCACGGAGCUGACGGCCAAAGAGAUCAUCAGCGGAAUCUCAUUCUCCGGGAAGAUCAUUCUGCAGGGUUACCUGAUGAAACAGGGACAUCGGCGUAGGAACUGGAAAGUGAGAAAGUUCAUCCUGAGAGAAGAACCAUCUUACCUGCACUACUAUGACCCCACUAAGGAGAGAUCCGAGCGCCCUCUGGGGGGGUUCCCCGUCCGGGGCUGCCUGGUCACGGCGCUGGAUGACGGAGGUGUGCCUCCCGGCGUGAGGGGGAACGUGCAGGAUAACCUCUUCGAGGUGAUCACGGCGGACGAGGUCCGAUUUUAUCUGCAGGCUGCGUCGGCAGCCCAGCGCAGCGAAUGGAUCCGGGCCAUCAGGCAGCUCAGCUGAAUGCACUUCUCCCUCCGCCCGGGCCAUCACGCCAACGCUCGGUUCGGCAGCCCCGCGUGUAACCCUCUCAACACGCGCCCCAAAUCUGUAGAAGCCGGCGCUGCGUACGUUCGUUUGUCGUCUGCAAACAAAAGGACGCUCCAACGUAUUCGUCAAUCGCGCUGCCCUGAAACGAACGUGCCGUGAAGAAGGGCCAUUGCUCGAAACGUCGUUUGUUAUAUGUAUUAUUAUUAUUAAGGCCCGCAGUUUUAUUGAUGAAUGUGUUGAGUUGCUUUGUUGAUUGUGCCUGGUCAGCAGCAUCACCAAAUGAUGUCUUUGUGCAUUAGCUCCGUCCAUCUGUCUGGUGGAGAGGGGACCAGGAUAACUCGUGAAGAUGAUGCAACACUUGCUAUUGGGGAAUCGCCCUGGAGAAAACUGACCACAUUGAUCAAAGGUUCAAAGGUCAAAUCCUGUCGACACAAACCCAGAGCACAGAGCACUUAUUUGUAAAUAUGCAAACACGUCUGUCGCCCCGCUCGGCUACCCGUCGUCUUCUGUACCGUCAGUUAAAUACCUCCCGAAGACAAACGCGCACAUUUGGAAAGUGUUACACGUAAUCCAGCGCGUAGGCAUGUUUUUUUUCCAUUGCCAGUUUCACCGGGAAAACCGCAACGAGUCUCAGAACCCAAUUUACUUCAGGAGGGUCCUGCUACACCGGGAUGUUUGGCGGCCAAUUUCAUCGGUGGGCGUUUGGCUUCGUGUGGGAGGAAACAGGAGAACCCGGAGUAAAUUCCACGUGUUAUAGGGAAACCGUUUUAUACAGAAACCGUUUUAUAUAGAAACCCUGUUAUAUAGAAAACUUUUAUAUAGAAACCGUUUUAUAUAGAAACCCUGUUAUAUAGAAACCCUGUUAUAUAUAAACCAUUUAUAUAGAAACCGUUUUAUAUAGAAACCCUGUUAUAUAGAAACCGUGUUAUGUACAAAAACCGUGUUAUAUAGAAACCCUGUUAUAUAGAAACCCUGUUAUAUAGAAACCGUGUUAUAUAGAAACCGUGUUAUAUAGAAAAGGUGUUAUAUAGAAACGGCUUAAACAUUUGACGUUUAGCUCAGAUAGUCGAUUAUAAUCGUGGCACCC